GUUGAUUGACUGGCUCGGCUGCAUUUAAUGCCAGUGUGUGCGCGGAGCCUGCAGCUUGUGUGCCAGGGCUGAAAGUUCAAAUCUCUUUCAAUGCAGACAAUUUAGAUAAAACACUAACUCCGGAGAUGACCGUGUGGAAUCUGCAUUGAAAGUGUGCCUACGCGCGUGUGAUAAACAUCAAGAUCUUAAAAAAUAAAUAAAUAGGGAAGUGGAUUUAUAUGUAUAUAGCCUAGCUUUAUUUCAUAUUUAAACAAUAAUAAAAAUGCCUGCGAUGCUAGAAGUCUCCGGGAAACGAAGAGCACGAAACGCCGCGUCGAACAGCACUAAUAAAAGUUUUGCGGCGAACGGGAGCAGCAGCCACUCGUGGGAGGAAGGGAGCUGCGGCUCUUGCUCCAGCGAUGAGGAGCACGGUGGCGGAGGAAUGCGGGUCGGAGCUCAGUACCAAGCCGUGGUCCCAGAUUACGACGCCGAACUUGCAAAGAGCUGCCAGGAGAGGGAGAACUUUGGCAUGCUGGUCUGGUCUCCGAAUCGGACCGUCUCGGAGACGAAGCUGGAUGAAUAUAUUGUGAUUGCCAAAGAGAAGCAUGGCUACAACAUGGAGCAGGCCCUGGGAAUGCUCUUCUGGCACAAGCACAACAUUGAGAAGUCCCUGGCCGACCUGCCAAACUUCACCCCCUUCCCAGACGAGUGGACCGUGGAGGACAAGGUGCUCUUCGAGCAGGGCUUCAGCUUUCACGGGAAGACCUUUCACAGGAUCCAGCAGAUGCUGCCUGAUAAAUCCAUCGCCAGUCUUGUCAAAUUCUACUACUCCUGGAAAAAGACCCGGACCAAGACCAGCGUGAUGGACCGCCACGCACUCACCAAACAGAAACGUGAAGAAGAAAUGGAAGAAAAUGUGAAUAACUCGAGUGAUGCUGUGAUUGAUGCAAACAAGGAAGACAAAAAAGAGAGCGCUGCUGGUCAGGAGAAGCAAGAAACCAAGCCAGUGGUCAUUAAUAAGCAGGGUGCCACGGCUGACAAGACUGCCCAUGUGAAGAGGGAGCCCCAGACGACCCCAGGCAAGCACCAGCACAGAGCCAAGAAGAAGCCCCCGAAAGGGAUGCAUCUCUGCCAGGCUGACGUCCAGGCCAUGUCUGCCAGCUCCACAUCUGCUGUGAAUGUGCUCCGGCAGCUGGACAUGGAGCUGGUUUCAAUAAAGCGACAGAUCCAGAGUGUUAAACAGACAAACAGUGUUCUUAAAGAGAAGUUGGAGGAUGGACUGGAUAAGUGCAGACUGCCUGAGGUUACUCAGAAGUUCAACGCUCGUUGGACGACCGAGGAGCAGCUCCUGGCUGUGCAAGCAAUUCGAAAGUAUGGGCGUGACUUCCAGGCCAUAUCGGACGUGAUUGGGAACAAGUCUGUGGUGCAGGUGAAGAACUUCUUUGUGAAUUACCGACGGCGCUUCAACCUGGACGAGGUGCUGCAGGAGUGGGAGGCAGAGCAUGGAGACAAGCAGAGCAGCAAGAGGGAGCCCUCCCCUGACCGCACCGGAGCCAAGAUAUCAGAGGAGGAGGAGGAGGAGGAGGAGGAGGAGGACCAAGAUGAGGUGGAGGUUUCACCCGUCCUUGAUGUCAGAGACCCAUCCGCAUCAUGAAGUCGGUGAAGGGGGUGUUAAUACAAGCAAUUCUGAUCAUCUUGUUUUCUCAGCUGCUGUAUGAAUCUAUGCAGUCUCAGUACAGUAGCACCAAAUCUACUCAGCCAGCCGUCUCCACUGGACUUGAAGCUGUCACCAAAAAACAAAACCAACACAGAAAGGGCAGCGCCCUCCCUGCCGCACCCCUGCCUCGCUCUGCUUCACUUGUUAGGUCUGCUUUCACUUUCCUGCUGAAAGCCCUGAGGAGCCUUUGUAGUACCCUCUUCCCUACACACACCCAGGGAAUUCUUCUACUUGCACAGCCUCGACUAGACCCGAACGGAGCCGGGACCGCGUAGUUAACUGAGCUUUCCAUCGCAAUCGCUGACACGAGGGGCCAGCUGGGGGUGAGGAGGGGCCCCUCGUUGCAGGAUCUCAUUAGAGGAGAAAGGGAAACAUGGUAAAACCCCAGGGCCUUGGCAUGUUAUUGUAAGUAACCCACAGGUGCAGUCUGAAUGGGACGGGUGCUGUCACUGCUUUAGCAGUGACACUCAUGCAGUGGUGGCAGUACAACAGCAUGGCUCUGGAUCUGAGAGUAGUUUGUUUAGAUUGCACUGUACUUUAUUAUAACGCUUAUAUUUACAGUUUUCAUAGAUAGAAAUCAUUGGUGAGUGUGAGGCUGUUCCUGGAACCCAGUCCAAUCCCAGGGCUUCUCACUCAGUAGGCAAUGUAGCCACUUUGUUUAUAACAAAUCUGUUACUGACUGAAGUACAACAGCUGACACGCCCCUGUGUAAAAUUGAGCAGGUCUUUAUGUAGCCCCUAUAUCUAUAUCCUGUGUGUGUGUAAGCCUCGUGUAAUAUUGGUGGUGGAGAGCUUUUCAUAGUCAUGGAGUCUGUUGUACUGCCCUGCUGUACAUUCUAGCACUGGGAGGUGUUUACAGCAAUGGACAAAAGUUUUGUAUCGCCUACAACGUUAGGGUUGAGACAUUUUAAUAAUUAAAAAAAACAAAAAAAAAAAAGAAAAACUAAACU